GGAAUGAAUGAUGACUAUGCAGCAGACCAGAAGAAAACCUUUCAAUUGGUCCAGGAGUGGAAGGUUGAAAAUCUUUAUUGGGCAUUGGGUAAAGCCUUCCUUGAUGACCAUGCAUCUGAUAACACUGGAAUUUCUCUUCAUGCUGAUGCUCAUUCAUUGAAAAUCACAUCCACAGGUGGCCAGGAUAUCUGGGACAAGUUGCCAGUUGAGGAAAAGGCUUCACACAAUGCACUUGCAGAUGAUGUCACAGAACAUACUGUUGGCAAGGAGGUUUUCAAGAUACUACCUGAUGAAAAGAAAUGGGAAUAUCUCUGGUUUUUACGUGCUGGCUGUGCAAUGCAUAAAGAGAUGAAUGCAAUGAAGGCUGGAAACGUGGCACUGAUGGCUUUCUGGCUCAAGAAUGACCUCACUCCUCUGAUCCUACUGGCAAACAAGGACAAUGCUACAGUGCUACAACAUAUUGAUCUGACUGCUGAUGGUCUCUUGGCCACUGAGGAACAUGCAAUGAAGGUUUCCACUCAUGGAGGUGUCAAGGCUGUCAGCCUAGCUGGUGAUAUAUUCAAUCACAAGGAUGAUAAGAAAGGGCAAUAA